GGCAGCGCGCAGAGGCCAGCCGCGGGGAAGCGGUCUGCCGCGCUGCUGCUGGAGUGACCUGGUCGGUGUGGGUACGCGUCGCGGCGAUGGCUUCCUUCGUGACAGAAGUCCUGACUCAUUCGGGCAGCCUGGAGAAGGAGGAUCUCGGCACCCGGAUCAGCCGCCUGACCCGGAGAGUGGAGGAGAUUAAGGGUGAAGUAUGCAAUGUGAUCAGCAAGAAGUACAGUGAAUUCCUGCCCAGCAUGCAGAGCGCACAGGACCUGGUGACUCAGGUGGACCAGCUAUCUAAUGACAUCGACCUGCUGAAAUCCAGGAUAGAGAGUGAGGUUCGACGGGAUCUUCAUGUAUCGACGGCUGAAUUUACAGACUUGAAGAAACAGUUGGAAAGAGACUCAGUAGUCCUAAAUUUGCUUAAACAACUGCAAGAGUUUUCUACUGCCAUUGAAGACUAUAAUAGUGCAUUAACAGAGAAGAAGUAUGUCCCUGCUGCGCAGUAUCUGGACGAGGCACAGAAAUGCUUGAAGUUACUAAAAUCCAGAAAAUGCUUUGAUUUAAAAAUGCUGAAAUCUCUGAGCAUGGAGCUCACCAUACAGAAGCAGAACAUGCUUUACCACCUUGGGGAGGAGUGGCAGAGGCUGCUUGUGUGGAAGUUCCCGCCAUCAAAAGAUACCAGCAGUUUAGAAUCUUGCCUACAAACGGAGCUUCAACUGUGCACUGAACAGUCCCAGAAAGAGGAGACGACCCCUAUGCCACCCAUCAGUUCUGUCCUCAUGGCCUUCUCUGUUCUUGGAGAACUCCCCACCAAGCUUAAAGCAUUUGGUCAGAUGCUGCUGAAGUACAUCCUUAGGCCUCUGGCAUCUUACCCAUCCCUCCACGCUGUGAUCGAAAGCCAGCCGAAUUCAGUUACUAUUCGCUUUGAGUCUCUGAUGACGGACUUGGAGCAUCCGUCACCAUCUGAGGUUUUUGCAAAGAUCCGAAUGGUACUGGAAGUGCUCCAGAAAGAGCUUCUAGAUUUGCCUCUUGACAUUGAACUCGAAAAUGAAAAAACACCUGCGCUCAUGUUGGCUGAAAUGCUUGGCGAUGUGAUCUGGGAAGAGCUGUCUGAGUGCCUCAUCAAAAACUGCUUGGUUUACUCCAUUCCGACAAACAGCAGCAAGCUGAAGCAGUAUGAGGAGAUCAUACAAUCUACUGAAGAUUUUGAAAAGUCCCUAAAGGAGAUGAGAUUUUUAAAAGGAGAUACUACCGAUUUGCUGAAAUAUGCUCGGAAUAUCAAUUCUCAUUUUGCUAAUAAGAAGUGCCAGGAUGUGAUCGUGGCAGCCAGAAAUCUAAUGACAUCUGAAAUUCACAACACUGUACAGAUUACUCCUGAUUCUAAGGUAAGUCUGCCAGACUUACCCAGUCCUGAUGUGGAUAACAAGCUAGAAGUACAGACGGCGUGUAAAACGGAGUUCAAUGAACCUGUGAACUUAGAGCAUGAAAAUUCACUGGACCCUCAUUCCUUUUCUUUACCCACGUGUCGCAUCAGUGAGUCUGUGAAGAAAUUAAUGGAGCUUGCCUAUCAGACUUUGCUAGAGGCAACAACUAGUAGUGAUCAAUGUGCUGUCCAGCUUUUCUACUCAGUGAGGAAUAUUUUCCAUUUGUUCCAUGAUGUUGUGCCAACAUAUCACAAGGAGAACCUUCAAAAACUUCCCCAGUUGGCUGCCAUCCACCAUAACAACUGCAUGUAUAUUGCUCACCACUUGCUGACCCUGGGUCAUCAGUUCAGAUUACGUCUUGCCCCGGUUCUUUGUGGUGGCACUGCUACUUUUGUGGAUCUUGUACCUGGCUUCAGAAGACUUGGAACAGAGUGUUUUUUGGCUCAAAUGCGGGCACAGAAAGGUGAACUUCUGGAAAGAUUAUCAAGUGCUAGGAGUUUUUCAAACAUGGAUGAUGAAGAGAAUUAUUCUGCAGCAUGUAAAGCAAUCCGGCAGGUCCUGCACCAGCUGAAGAGACUUGGGAUUGUGUGGCAGGGUGUCCUGCCAGUGAGUAUAUAUUGCAAGGCAAUGGGGACUUUACUAAAUACGGCCAUUUCUGAGGUUAUUGGCAAAAUUACUGCUCUAGAGGAUAUUUCUACUGAGGAUGGUGAUAGAUUGUAUUCCUUAUGCAAAGCAGUGAUGGAUGAAGGACCUCAAGUAUUUGCACCUCUCUCUGAUGAAAACAAGAACAAGAAAUACCAAGAAGAGGUUCCAAUCUAUGUGUCAAAAUGGAUGCCUUUCAAGGAAUUGAUGCUAAUGCUACAAGCUAGCUUGCAAGAAAUUGGAGAUCGGUGGGCAGAUGGCAAGGGACCCCUGGCAACUGCCUUCUCCUCCAGUGAAGUCAAAUCUUUAAUCCGUGCCUUGUUCCAGAACACAGAAAGAAGAGCGGCUGCCCUUGCUAAGAUUAAAUAGUGGUGCCUUCCUGAGAAAGCCUUCUCUUGACUGUGGAUUCCCCCUUUGGUGUAGUUAUUCCCUUAAACUUCUUGGAAUUGCCCAUUGGUUUUGGUGAACCAAUGUAUCAAUGGAAGUUUGGCUUCACACAGAACUUCUUACCUCCUGGUCUAUUGAAACUUUUUUGAAGAACUGGAUAUUAAGAUAGGAUAUCUGUUUGAUUCCCAGCACCAGGGGUGGUGCAGGGAAACAGAAGAAAAGUCCAGUGAUACAGCUCAGUUGAUUGACUUUGUCCCUCUCUCCCUCACUAAAUAUGCAACUGCUGCUUCAGGGGCCCUUGAGAACUGUAUACAUUGUAAUUUUAGACCGUGGCUUUGGAGAUUCCAAAGUUAGGAUACAGAAUUGGUGAGAUUUCUUAUUUUUAUUUUUUGUGGGGUCUAGGGACACCUUAUUUGGCCUUGUGGGCAUUAGGGUGACCUCUUGUAAUAUUUCUUUCCAGUAAAUAAUGACUUUGAGAGAUAAGAGUAAGUGUCUUUAAUAACAUAAGCUCUGGAAAAGAGAAAAAUCAAAUUUUCUUUUUUUUUAAAGAUUUAUUUUUAUGUGUAUGAGUAUUGUGCCUGCAUGUACGUGGACCAUGUAUAUGCUUCAUGCUAAGAGGCCAGAAGAGAGGGUAUCGGAUACCAUGGAACUAGAGUUGUGAACCACCAUGAGGGUGCUGGGAACUCAACCCAGGUCCUCUGCAAGAGCAGCCAGUGCUCAUAACUACGCAGCCAUCUCCUGCCCUGAAAACCAAAUUUUCUUACGUGUUUUUCUUUUUAUUGACGUUCAUGGCCCUCAUCGAAGGCCCCUGGACUUGUCUGUUUCUGAGAUAGGGUCUGGCUGUGUGGUUUGGGCUGGCCUUGCACUCUUAGUCCUCCCCUCAGUCUUCCCAAGUGCUACAGUUGUGAGAGUGAUCCACCAUGACAGGCCACCACCUUCCUAAGACUGCUCAUAUUUCUCAGAAGUCCUUUUGUCAUGUUUUGCUGUUGCAGCUAAAUUUUGUUUCGUUGGUGGGAUUCCUUGCCCCUCAUUCUGAAGUACCAUUCUUUCUGUGCCUUGUCAAAUGUAAAGACUAUAAAUUGCCAGUAUUCCUUUGGAUUGUAUGUGCAUAAGAUCCA